GAUAGCAUUUAUAAUAGUUAAUGCAUCCUUCAGCGAAUCAGCCAGGUUAAUGUACUCGCAUUACGGACAUGCGUGACGGCCUUCUCUUUCGCAAUAGUAUGGUAAGUGGGGGUGAGCCUUUUCACAUCAGUCUUUGGCAUGGAUAUCUCCAAACAUUCAGGGUAUAGAGAUUUUACAUGGGCAGUUGAAUUAAAUCGUUUUGGUUUACAACUGAUUGGAUUAUGGCCAAAGAGCAAUGAAGAACCUAAACAUAAGUUCGCUUCUGAUCUUCGCAUUGUCAUUAUUUUCAUUAUAGUCACAUUUGUUUCUGGUAUACCUCUCACAUGUUCUCUUAUACGAGUUUGGGGAGAUAUGUUACUUAUGGUAGAUAAUAUUCAAAUUACUUUACCUUUACUGGUAGUUUCGUGGAAACUAAUUAUCAUGCGAUGGAAACAAACAGCACUAUUAUCUAUCAUAAAAAUAAUGACAGAAGACUGGAUAGAAUUGAAGACAACAAAGGAGAGAGAUGUAAUGAUAAAACGAGCAUAUGUUGCUAGAAUAAUUGUAAUCAGUGGAUAUGUUCUAAUGGUAUUGGCGUUCAUUGUGGUCGUCGUUCUUCCAUAUUUUGGUUUCUCUUUAAGGCAUUUAACAAAUCUCACAGACCCAGGCAGACCAUUGCCACUACAGACUUAUUAUUUUUACGACAUAAAUAAGAGUCCGCAAUUUGAACUAACAUAUGUCAUUCAAGCUAUUACAAUCUUUUUGGCUGCUGUAACUUAUACCUCGGUAGACGCUUUUCUUGGACUCGCAAUUCUUCACUUCAGUGGUCAACUGGAAAAUUUCAAAAACCGUGCAGCUAAUUUGGUCUCGUGUCCUAAUUUUAUUUACGCUCUAAGUAACAACGUAAUGAAUCAUAUGCGACUCAUCAGAUUUGCCAAUAAUAUUGAAAAUACCUUCACUUUAAUGAUGUUGGGCUUAGUAUUUAAUUUUGGUAUUGUAUUUUGUCUACACGGAUUCAUAUUACUUUCUGUGAUUACCGAAGGUGAUUUUUCUUUCACAAAAUUAUGUUUUCCAUUAAUUGGUAUCUCUAUUUUGCUUUCACACACUUUUCUUUAUUGUGGUGCUGGAGAGAUUAUAACAAUGCAAUGCGAAGAAGUACAUCGUUCUAUGUGCGAUCUUGAAUGGUAUAAAUUGGAACCGAAAAAAGCAAGAAAUCUUAUCAUAUUAAUGAUACGAACAAGCCAACCUUUCCGCAUCACUGUAGGAAAAAUAUUGCCACUUACAAUGACUACAUUUUGCAGUUUGUUGAAAACAUCGGCUGGCUACAUAUCAUUUCUAUUAGCAAACCGAAAAUGAAGAAAGAGAUAGAGAAAUAUCAAAACCACGCUAGUUCAACAUUUAUACCAUGAAAUUUAUGAGAGAGAUAGAUAUUAUAUAUCACAUAAAUUUUCAAUUUGGUAAUUACAAAUAGAAGUAACAGAGGUAUAGAAGUAACAGAAGUAUAUUAAUCAUAAUAGAAAUAAAAUAUUUACAUUUAAUACAA